CAAAAUCAACUGCCACUUUCAUUUUCAUUUUUAUUUUCAUUUUCAUUUUUAUUUUCAUUUUCUUCCCUUUUUCUCUUUCUUUCCCAUAAAGUUACGCUCAAUUUUGGUCCUUUGCAAUCAAUGUGUCUCUCUUUUAAUUGCAUUAACAAUGCCCAUUUCUUAACUAAAAAAGAGAAUAACAAGAGAAAAAAAACCCACCUUUAUUGCUCCUUUGAUAUUGCUCUCAUGAAAAGUUCCUCUCCAAGCUUUCCUUUUUCUCUUUAAUUAUGGUUUGAUAUUGCAUUAACACUUUUGAAUUUCAUACUAUUUGCUAUAAUGUUGUUCAUACUGUAAUGGAUUACCUUAAAAACUAAAAAAUUCAUCUGGGAUUUUAGAAAUUUCAACUUUUUCUUAUUAAUUCGAAUUUUCUUUCAUGGGUUUUGCCUAAAUUUGACAACUUUUUUCAUGGGUUUUUCCAAAAUUGUGUUUUCAUUUCUGGGUGUUUGUUUCCAUAUUCACAUUUUUCUGUCUAAUUCAGUUUUUCUGUAAUGGGUUUCUCUAGAUGUCAAAACUUUCUUCUGGGUUUAUGGAAUUUUCAACUUUCCCUUCAUGAAUUUCAAUUUCCUUUCAUGGGUUUUACCAAAAAAUGAACACUUUUUUCUGGGUCUUUUUUUUUUUUUUUUUUUUUGAUAUUGAUGUUUUUCCUUGAUGAAAAUUCCCACUUUAAAUUUUAAUGCCCACAUUGUUAAUUCCAAAUUUGGAAAGGUACCUAUAAAAAGCGGAAGAACAAUGUACUCAAUUCAAAGAAACAAUUUAGUUAGUAAAUAUUCAAAAAUUUGUUUAUUUCUCUUAAUAGUUGAGUUUAUUAUGAGUGUUCAACUAGUAAUCUCUGAAUUACCUGAUCAAACCAUAAUGUUUGCCAUAAAUGAAGAAAUUGGUGUUCCUGGAUGGGGUAUAAACAACUCAGAUUAUUGUUACUGGAAAGGUAUACACUGUAGUACAAACCAAACUGUUGAAGUUCUAGAUCUUUCUAGCAGAUGGCUUAGAGGUAAUAUCACUCUAAUUUCUGAGCUUAAAGCAUUAAAAUGGUUAGACCUUUCUAGUAACUAUUUUUCUGGGCCAAUUCCUACUAUUUUUAGUAAUUUAUCUGAGCUAGAAUUUCUUGAUUUAUCAUCAAACAAGUUUGUGGGUUCAAUUCCUAUGGAAUUUGGUAAAUUAAAAAACCUUAGAGCAUUAAAUCUUUCUUACAAUUUUUUAGUUGGUGGGAUUCCGGAAGAACUUUCAGGAUUAGCCAAAUUACAAGAUUUUCAGCUAUCUGGGAACAAAUUGAAUGGUUCAAUACCCAAAUGGGUUGGGAACUUAACCAAUUUAAGAGUAUUUUCAGCUUAUGAGAAUAAUUUAGGUGGAGAAAUUCCUGACAAUUUGGGUUCUGUUUCUGAACUUGAAUUGUUGAACCUUCAUUCCAAUUUACUAGAUGGUUCUAUACCUGAAAGCCUUUUUGCUAAUAGGAAAUUGGAGUUUUUAGUGCUGACCCAAAAUGGAUUGACAGGAAUUAUUCCCGAGUCAAUUGGAAAUUGUGAUAAUCUUUCGAGUAUUCGAGUUGGGUAUAAUAAUCUUAUAGGUAGUAUCCCGAAAACUGUUGGAAAUAUUACUAGCCUUACUUAUUUUGAGGCCAACAAUAACAAUCUUUCGGGGGAGAUUGUUGUCGAGUUUUCUCAAUGCUCGAAUCUUACCCUUUUGAAUUUGGCCUCAAAUGGGUUUACCGGAACCAUUCCUAAUGAACUAGGGCUGCUUACUAAUCUGCAAGAAUUGAUUGUUUCGGAUAAUCGCUUGUUUGGGGAUAUACCGGAGUCUAUUCUUCGUAAUAGGAAUCUUAACAAGCUUGAUCUUGGGAACAACCGAUUCAAUGGCACCAUUCCUAUAAAUGUGUGCAACACCUCUAGAUUACAGUUCUUGUUGUUGAGUGAAAACUCGUUGAGAGGAGAAAUUCCCCAUGAAAUCGGGAAUUGUGUGAAGUUGCUCGAUUUGCAGCUCGCUAGUAAUUAUCUUACCGGCAUGAUUCCUGCUGAAAUUGGGCGGUUGAGGAAUUUGCAGAUAUCGUUGAACUUAAGCUUCAAUCAUCUACAUGGGUCGCUACCACCCGAUUUAGGGAAGCUUGACAAGUUGGUUUCAUUGGAUGUUUCUAACAACCGACUUUCUGGUUCAAUACCGGCAGCUCUCAAAGGCAUGCUGAGUUUGAUCGAAGUAAAUUUCUCGAACAAUCUGUUUAUUGGCGCUAUACCUGCAUUCGGACCAUUUCAGAAAAGCCAAAAUUCAAGCUUUUCAGGAAAUAAGGAUCUAUGUGGUCAGCCAUUGAGUUCAUCUUGUGGGACCGAUGGCGAUGAUCAGGAAAAUUACCCUCGUAAGAUUUCUUACAGGAUUAUAUUAGCUGUUAUCGGUUCUGGAUUAGCCGUCUUUAUUUCUGUCGCUGUGGUUGUUCUUCUGUUUAUGAUGAGGGAAAAACAAGAAAACUCGUCCAAAGACAUACACAUUGUCGAGGAUAUUGCUACUAGCAAACCUCUUAUAACCGCUGGCAAUGUCUUUGUCGAAAAUUUUAGGCAAGCAAUAGAUUUCGAUGCUGUCGUUAAGGCGACAUUUAAGGACACAAACAAGCUUAGCAGUGGAACUUUCAGUGUAGUUUACAAGGCUACCAUGCCCUCCGGUCUCAUUCUCUUGGUUAGAAGUCUUAAAUCGGUGGAUAAGACGAUACUUAACCAUCAGAACAAGAUGAUAAGGGAGCUCGAAAGAUUGGGCAGGAUACGCCACAAUCAUCUAAUGAGACCCCUGGGGUUUGUCAUCUACGAGGACGUUGCCCUUUUGCUCCAUGAAUAUAUGUGCAAUGGUACUUUGUUUCAACUUCUUCACGAGAAUAGCAAGAAACCCGAGUAUGAGCCUGACUGGCUGACUAGACUCUCCAUUGCGAUUGGAGUAGCCGAAGGCUUGGCGUUUCUUCACAGUGUGGCCGUUAUCCACCUUGAUAUAUCCUCCGGCAAUAUGCUUUUAGACGCAAACAUGAGUCCUCGUAUUGCUGAAAUCGAGAUUUCCAAGCUUCUAGACCCUUCUAGAGGAACUGCUAGUAUUAGUGCAGUUGCUGGCUCAUUUGGUUAUAUUCCGCCAGAAUAUGCAUACACAAUGCAAGUUACUGCACCCGGAAACGUGUACAGCUAUGGAGUGAUCUUGCUCGAGAUUCUGACAACGCGUUUACCAGUAGAAGAAGCGUUUGGUGAGGGAACAGAUUUGGUGAAGUGGGUUCAAACCGCUCCUUCGAGAGGAGAAACGCCCGAGCAGAUACUCGAUGCGAGGCUUAGCACAGUUUCGUUCGCUUGGAGAAAAGAAAUGCUUGGAGCUUUAAAGGUUGCAUUACAAUGCACAGAUAGUACACCUGCUAAAAGACCUAAGAUGAAAAAAGUCAUUGAAAUGCUUCAAGAAAUUAAGGAGAACUCGUAAAGAUUAGUCGAUUAUAUGUAUGAACAAAACUUUCAUUUCGAAGGAAAAAAAAUGUUUGGAUCAUGAGCUUAUUUCGUCUCAUGAUCUGCUAGUUUUCGGAGAGAAUUAGUCCUGUAGGCUUAUAUUGAUGGUAUGUAUUGUAUUGUGCUUCUGUAUAAGUUGGUUUACAAUUGUAUUAUUCAGAUCUCACAGUAUUUGGUACAGAUUUCCAUGGAAAGGUAUCAGGUCA